GGGCGUCCAAAAUGCUCACACACACGCACUCAAGAAAAAUACCUACACAGCUAUAGUAGAAGUUGAUUCAUUAGCUUGUAACCAUGGUCUAUCAGAAGAAAAUUGUGGAGGAGGUGUCUGGCUGGCUAAGAAUCUUCGAUGAUGGCUGGGUGGACCGGACAUGGAUCGGACCACCUCAGGUCAAGUUCAUGGCAGAGCCAGUGCCUCCCCAUGAGGAAUUCAUAGAGGGUGUCGCCAUACGUGAUGUGACAAUUGAUGAAAACUCUGGCCUUAGUGUUAGGAUUUAUCUACCCCAACAUGAACCUGAUCACUAUACAGAUAAUAGCGAUAAACUUCCUUUAAUUGUCCAUUUUCAUGGGGGUGGUUUUUGCAUUAGCCAAGCUGAUUGGUACAUGUAUUAUUACAUAUACUCUAGGCUUGCUAGGUCAGCUCCGGCAAUUGUUGUCUCGGUCUACUUAAGGCUGGCCCCCGAGCAUCGCCUCCCAGCUGCAAUUGAUGAUGGGUUCUCUGCCCUAAUGUGGCUACGUGCAUUAGCACAAGGACAGGAGUCUUAUGAGCCAUGGCUUAAUAAUCAUGGAGAUUUCAACAGGGUUUUUCUAAUUGGAGACAGCUCAGGGGGGAACUUGGUGCACCAUGUGGCUGCACGUGCUGGUCAAGUGGAUUUGAGUCCAAUGAGACUUGCUGGAGGCAUUCCGGUCCAUCCGGGAUUUGUACGGUCAGAGAGGAGCAAGUCCGAGAUGGAGCAACCAGAGUCACCUUUCUUAACCCUAGACAUGGUGGACAGGUUCUUGAAGUUGGCAUUGCCAAAAGGGUGCACCAAGGACCACCCUUUUACAUGCCCCAUGGGGCAUGCAGCACCGCCACUGGACAGCCUUAAUCUGCCACCGUUCUUGCUUUGCGUGGCGGAGGCCGACUUGAUCAGGGACACUGAGAUGGAGUACUAUGAGGCCAUGAAGAAAGCUAACAAGGAUGUGGAGUUGCUAAUUAAUCCUGGAGUGGGUCACAGUUUCUAUCUUAACAAGAUUGCUGUUGACAUGGAUCCACAUACAGCAGCUCAAACUACUGGCCUUUUGGAAGGGAUAGUAGAGUUCAUCAAGAAGCACUAAAAUUAAUAUUAUGUAGCUCAUUUAGUUUAUAAUUAUAUGUUUAAAUAAGUGAUCAUGCAGAGUUGGGAUUCUACAGAUCAUUUUCUCCCAUGUCCCUUGUUAUUCAAUGCUGUUUCUAUUCGCUUUCUUCUAUGUAAUGGACAAUAUUGAUGUAAGUAACAUAUUAAAUUAUAAAGAGAUCAGCUUCAAUUUCAUAAUGAAUUAAA